AUGAUUAUUAGAUUAUGUAAUGCUAAAUGCUCUGGUAAAUUAUUAAAUAUAAAUAAAAAUUCUAUUGUUAAUCAACAUAAUGAAUUAAGAAAUAGAAUUGCUAGCGGUGGAUUAUAUAAAUAUAAUUCAGCAUCAAGAAUGGCCGAAAUGAAAUGGAGUCCAGAAUUAGCAAUAAUGGCUGAAUUUAAUGUUAAACGUUGUUUAUUUGAACAUGAUAAAUGUCGAAGUACACCAACAUUUCCAUAUUCUGGACAAAGUUUAGCAUUAAGACGUCAAUAUGGUAUACAAAAUUGGAAUUAUAAUAAUAGUGAAAUUCGUGGCAGUAUAAAUAGUUGGUUUAAUGAAUAUAAAUUAACUGAUAUGAGUGUUAUUAAUAAAUAUCGUAGUACAGGAAAAAAUAUUGGUCAUUUUACUGUAAUGGUUAAAGAUACAAAUACUCAUGUUGGUUGUGCUGGUAUACGUUAUCAAGAUGGUAUAUGGGAUACAAUAUUAUUUGCUUGUAAUUAUGCUGAUACAAAUAUUCUUGGACGACCAAUAUAUAGAAGUGGACCACCAGCUAGUCAAUGUGUUAAAAGAAGUCCACGUUAUAAAGCAUUAUGUGAAUCAAUUUAG